GAAUGUCGGGGGAGAGAGAGAGAGAGAGCUUAUUGAGUCAGAGUGAAAUAGAGAGAAUCUGAGCAAUUGACUGGGAGAGUUGGACAGAGUUAGGGAAGGUGACAGAGUGCAGUUGGAGGCAACUAAGUUGAGAGCGAGAGGGCCUGAACGAGAGAUAUAGAGCAAGAAACUGUGUGAAAAAGUGAGACAGAGAUAUUGAGUGGAAGUGAUGGUUUGGAUAGUGAAGUGAUACUGUUGAUAUGAGAGACAGAGAAAAGUAGUUGAAAACUGAAAAAGAGAAAGACAGUGUAUGUGAAACCAAGGGAAGUGGAAGUAAGAUAGAGAGAGAAAGGAGACUAGUAGAGAUGCUGGAGAGAGAGUAUCCGAUAUCUUGAGUUGUAACACAAGUGAUUGGGACUGGAUCAGCUGACUGACGAACAACUACCGCCUUGAAGCAAACUGGAAAGACAAAAGCUGAUAUACAACAAGUGCCAAGUAACCCAGAGGAAGAGACAGCAGCUGGGCCUGCUGCAGAAGCAGUGACAACUGGAACAGGUUACAGAGCCUGGCUCCCCGUGAGCAUGAAGCCGGAUGGAGAAGCUCCAUCAACCCCGAGCAGAGGGCAGACUGAGAUCAGCAGGAGUUCGACUGAGCGGGAGGAGGGAGAGGAGGAGGUCCCAACAUUACACUAUUCCUUCCUCAGCGAGUCCCAGUUACUGAGGACCAGGCAGCUUAUGUUUGCCUAUCAUGCCGGAAGGCACAUUCCUCGUCUUCGAGAACCGCUCAGUCUUUAUGCUAUUGCAACCUCUGGGCCACAGCUUGCCCCACGAUGGCCAAUAGAGUGCGAGGUCAUCAAGGAACAGAUCCACCACAUUGAGUGGAGCCCUCGAGAAGCUGAGAAACUGUCCCAGCCCAGUCAGCAGGAGGAGGAGAUGCCAGAGUGUGCUGGGGAACAUAGCAGAACCGUGGUAUUCUGUAUCGAUGGAGCCAGGAAAGGUUCGUACUUCACCUGUUCCCGUGUUGGAGGUCGUCGAGGUCUGCUCCAUCUCGCUACAGUUGGUGCCAAUACCAAAGAUGGCAACUCACUGAUCUUUGAGUCUAGAUUUGAGAGCGGAAAUCUGCAAAAAGCCAUCAGAGUAGGGGCCUACGAGUAUGAGCUGACUCUCCGCACGGACCUAUACACAGACAAACACACCCAGUGGUACUACUUCCGAGUGAGGAACACCAGGGCAGGAGUCACUUAUCGCUUCACCAUUGUCAACCUGAUGAAGGCCAGCAGCCUGUACAGUCAGGGCCUGAAGCCUUUGCUGUACUCGGAACAGGAGGCUGCGCAGAGGCAGGUGGGCUGGUACCGAGUGGGCCAGCAGAUCCGGUACUACAAGAACGGCCUGAGCCAAGAGGGCAGGAGCCUGUACUCAUUGACCUGGAGUUUCCAGUUUCCCCAUGGGAAUGACACGUGCUACUUUGCCCACUCAUACCCAUACACCUACACCCACCUACAACGCUAUCUGGCAGCCAUUGCCAGUGACCCAGUCCAGUCCCAGUACUGCAAGGUGCGGGUCUUAUGUCGCAGUCUGGCAGGCAAUAUCGUGCACAUACUGACCAUCACCUCACCGCCCAGGAGCCACAAGAACAGCCCCGCCAAGAAGGCAGUGGUGGUGACGGCCAGAGUUCACCCUGGGGAGACCAACAGCUCCUGGGUGAUGGCCGGCUUCCUGGAGCACCUCCUGGGCAGCUCCGAUGAUGCCCGUCUCCUGCGCGACAUGUUCAUCUUUAAAGUGGUGCCCAUGCUCAAUCCGGAUGGAGUGAUAACGGGCAACUACCGCUGCUCACUUACGGGCCGUGACCUGAACCGGAACUACCGCACCAUACUCCGGGACACUUUCCCCUGUGUCUGGCACACCAGAAAUAUGGUGCAGAGGUUACUGGAGGAGCGGGACGUGGUCGUUUACUGUGAUUUCCAUGGACACAGCAGGAAGAACAACGCGUUCAUGUAUGGCUGCAACAAUAAUGAGACUGCAUCACUGCGUUUCCAGGAGAGGAUCUUCCCCCUCAUGAUGAGUAAAAAUGCAGCAGACAAGUUCUCUUAUCAGAGUUGCAAGUUCAAAGUUCAAAGGGGAAAGGAGGGCACAGGUCGGAUUGUGAUGUGGAGGAUGGGAAUUACUCACAGUUACACAAUGGAAACAACCUUUGCAGGAUCCACCCUUGGGCCGCGGAGAGGGACUCACUUCAGCACUGAGGACCUCAAGUCACUGGGCUAUCAUUUCUGUGACACUCUGCUGGACUUCUGUGACCCUGACCGCUCAAAGUUUGAUCAGUGUCUGGAAGAGGUACGGACAGCACUGCAGCGGGAGCUCCGUCUACGCUGGGAGAAGUCGGGCCGGGAAUACGAUCCCAACCUGUCCCUGUGUGACAUGUCAACAUCUGACUUCGAGUCCAGCAUCAGUGGAUCUGACAGUUCGGAGUCAGAUGGGCCACCAGCACAUCUAAUGAGACUCACAGAGAAGUCGCGGCAGAAAAAGAAACGGCUAAGGACCAGAAAGGAGAGAAACAAACUGCGGCAGCUCAUCGAUGGGCCAUGUCUGCCCACCCCCAUCAAGCAUCAGGCAGCUCCAGGUGAGGCUAGCUCCAAGCAGAGUAAAGUGCAGGGAGGUUCCAGUCGGAUUGAGCAGCCACAGAAGGUGGUGUUGAAGCUACAGCCUCAAUUCCGUGAGCAGAUUCCACCGGCACAGCCCUGGAUUCCCCAGCCCAUCAGUACGCUGUCUGUCGUCUGUGCUGUCAACAAUAAGGAUAAGGCUGCAUUGUUCAAGGCAAUGAACUAUCGCUGGGGACCAAACUCCACUCCAGGACAGAAAUACGACCAGUUCACGUGGGACACUGACUGCAGUAACUGUCGAUUGACCACCAGGAGCCCUCAGCAGCAAGCUUCAUUCACACGCCACGUCCUCCCAAUGAACAUUGUGGACCAACAGCGACCUCAGGAACCCACUACCCCCAUCACACAGCAUCGAGCACUUCUCAAUGACAAGCUGGAAUGCAGAAAUACGUUGGCCCAGAGCCUGAGCCCCUACAACUGGAAGCUAGGUGGUUUGUCCUUGACCUGUUCUUCCCACACAUCUGCAACAAGUUCCCAACGACCUCAAAGUACCUGGUUGACCUUGAAAUCAAGAUCUCUGAGAACUAUCAGCCGGCCGACUUGUCGAUCUGCAGCCCCUCAUCUGGGGGAUACACACAAUCUGAAACUACGGGUACUUCCAAGUGCACCAGCUGGUAGCUCUACAAUGUUACAGAUGCCUGACAUCAAAUCCAAGUCAGAGUGGCCUGCAGAAUCAGUUACAGAUUACCGCCGAUCUGAGGAGCAGUCCUGGCCAGCAGACAGCACUGAGCCACAGACGAUGAGUGUGAUAACAGAGGGAGCCUCGAGAACAAAUCUGGCCACAUCUUCUGACGCCAAUGAGUCACUCGAAGGUGGACAGUGUGUUGGCAGCCAACCAAGGAUCCAGGACGGCAGAGGGCAAUGCCAAAUGCCUGUGGGCACCUUCACCAUGUCAACAGCCUCACUGGUCAGCAUGGACACUGGGCUGGAGCAGAAAGGAGAUGGGAGAAAUACUGAGCAGGGGCUCUCCAAUCUCUCACACUCCCUUGAGACACAGCUCGCAUUACUGAGAGGCAGCCCAACUACAGCAAGGUGUGAGAGAGUGUUAAAACUGCCUGUGAGACCAGGCAGACUGUCCGUGCUGAAAGGAGUGAGUGGGAGGACAGCAGGAAUCCACCAGACCAGCAAUCUAGUGCCGAGCAAGAGGCUACUGCUCAAUCCCACCCUGGCAGGGACUGCACGGAGACUAGGGCGUCAACCCCACAGGAAAUCCCGGGAAGUGCAUCAGGACUCUGGGAGGGAGCUGCAGAGGAGCAUCAAACGCAACUCACUGGUGGAGACCCUCAAACACCAACUGUCCACCGUCUGCCUGUGGGACGAGACCGAACAAUCGCUGCAUUCGUUGAAACCACAGAAUGUCCGGUCUGUCAUUUAAA